UCAAACUAUAAGCCUCGUACAAUGCGACUCGCUUUUAUCUUUGCACUUACGGCCUCUGUAGUCGACGCGACCACCAACUCGCUCACGGCGGUUCUGAGUGAUUCUCCCUUGGUAGGAAAGGUUAUUCGGAAGACAAAGCAAGCUGUAUCCGAGAAACCCUCUCGUCGUAAUUUGCGUUCCGCCGAACUCACUUCCCUUACUGACAGCGCCUCGAUUACUUGCGAAAGCUUUGGACCUACUCUUCCGGGGUUUACGUGCGAGUGUAACGAUGCCAGAACAAGGUCAACCUGCCUGUCUCCGGAGGUAUGCGAAGAUGGCACUUGCGCUAUCUUUCAGUUAGAGGUACUCUGGAACACCGGUGGGUCGGUGUAUGAGUCUGUGGAACUUUGCACGGACUAUACGCAGUCAAGCAUGCCCCGCAGCAAUGGUUGCAUCAGUUUCAGCUUUGAUGGAAAUGGCCGUGCACCAAUUAGUUGUGAGAUUGGCUUCAAAGCCAACGUCAAUAGUAGCUUGCUUUCAAACUGCAACAGCUGCGCAGUCUGCGUCGGAGGAGAUGGCGACUCUAGUGUUGAUAUCAAUUGUGACAAUAUCGAGCCGCAAGCGUCCACGAACGGAUGUUUGCUCGACGGGGAUGAUCUGGACGAGCUAUUUCCAGGGUUUCAAGAUGUUCCGGUUAACGCAAGUACUGGAGGAAGACCGGGUUCGAAUAGCUCAAUCUCGAACGGCGCCCUAGACAACUUAUCAAAUCCUUCCGCACCUUCCCAAGACCUCCCUGACAGUGAUUCACCCAGCGACUCCGUUGACCCUUCCGUUGAUUCAGACGACAAUCGCCCGGACUCGCAAGACUCUGUCGACUCGAUCGACGAUACUAGAGACUCUCGCGACUCCGUUGGUUCCAGCAACACCGCUACUAGCACCGCUACCAACACUGAGAUCACUACCAGUGCGAGCGCGUUAACAUCGGAAGUGAGUAGCGGAACCUUUUCGACACAAGUUCUCUCCGGUAUGGCUGUUUGUGCCAUGGCUCUGAGCUGGAUUGCCGCUUAAAGUGGCCAAAUAGAUAGAUAGUUGAUCGGAGUAUGGCUCCCAGAAUCAAGCAAUCGCUUCAUUAACAACUUCGACUAUUGGAGCCCUUAGCAUUUUGCCUCGACCAGUGCGAGUACCAGUACUCCCCCUCUCGUAUGAUAGCCUUUUUAACCAAUAGCACCAAUGGACCCAAUCCGCGAUC